GAUUGGGUUGAUGGAAAUGCGGUUUCGGUCACAACCGCAACAGUUAAAUUGGCCGGUUUUUGGUAUGACCGGAAAACCCGUACCGGAUUCCCAGCCAUAGUUGAGAUUCUCGUCUUCCCCCGGCGGAUCCCCAACUCUUCUUCUUCUGCCGCAGCUCGGGUUUUUCUUCCUUUCUUUCUGAGAACAGUUUGGCGUUCCGCCGGUGGAGUAUUGAAGUCCAGUUGGAGCCGCCAGAAGCCCAGAACGAAACGACCGAACUAAACUCAGUAAGCCUUCGGUACUUUUCUUGUACGAACUUCUAUUAAUUUAAUUUGAGACAAUUUGACGCUCGUUUGCGUCCAUGAUUCUGGGCUGGCUUCGACUAAUCAAAUCUCAACGUCCAUUUUCAGCUUCAGUGAAAUUUGAGGGUUCAUGCAUCCAAGCAUAGGAGCAACCUCUUUGUGGAUCAUAAAUUUGGAGUUGGAUGCAUUGGUUGGCAUCUGAUUUUUACUACACUUUCGUGACUAGUAGAAGCCCUCUGAAACUAGAAAGGGUUUAUGGCUUGCAGAAACUGGACAAAAGAAUGAUCUAAAGUGUGGCAUCCAUAAUGUUUAAGUUAGGCUACUCUGGUCUUGUAUCUAUGUAUUUACGGACCCAUAAGCUCGCUGUUAGCGUGUGUGUUCCAUAUCUGCAAUCAUUUUCCAGCCAAACUGAGGUUCUCAAUUCAUCGAAACCGAGAAACCAUAUAGCCCAGCAAUCUUCAUCAGAUCAGAGUGAACAGAGUAAGGGGAAUGGAGAGGCAUUUCAUAUUUCACACCCAUGGCCUGAGUGGGUGGAUCUGAUGGAGUUGUUGUUUAGGCGAGGCUACUUUGAGGCUGAUGGCAAUCCGUUUCAAAGUGAGGAUCUGGGUGGCAAGGAGACCAACAGCAUCAGAACAGCAUGCCUUAACUUUGCUCGUGAUCAGUUUGGGCUUAUAAGGUUCUUCUCAAGGAAAGAUAUCCAGAUCAUCACAGGGUUUGGCUGCCCAAGCUUGGAUAGGAAAGUUAUCAACUCAGCGAAACGUCUACGUGCACAUGUUGGUGUCAACGAAGGAAAUGUCUGUAGUUCCUGUAACUUGAGGGGAGAUUGUGAGAGGGCCUAUGUAAAGGCCCGAGAAGAUGAAGGUGGGCGGACUGUGGAUGUUAUGCGAAUUCUUUUGACACAUGGGCUUGAUUUCGUUUCUGGUACAGUGGAUAAUAAGCCAUGUCAAAACAAAAUGGUCAAUGAUUCUGCUAGGAAUUUACUGAAAGAAAUGACGGAGUAUGGCAGCCAGCAGCUUGACUCUAAUGGGUCAAAUAACACAACUCUUGAAGUAGGAGUGAGUGAGAGGCAUCGUUUGAAUUCAGAAGGGAAAAACGGCUUCACAAAGGUUCCCAUGAAGCAAGGCGACUGGCAUUGUCCCAAGUGCGAUUUCAUCAAUUUUGCUAGGAACAUCAAGUGCUUGAGAUGCAAUGGGUUUUCUGAAGAAAGGCUGAAGCAUUUGAGACAAGAUCAUGAUCAUCUUCCAUUGAAGAAAGGCGAUUGGAUUUGUCAAAAGUGCAAUUUCUUGAACUUUGCCAAGAAUACAAGAUGUUUGCAAUGCGACGAAAGGCCUCCAAAGAGGCACCUGAAUCCUGGGGAAUGGGAAUGCCAGUCGUGUAAUUACAUAAACUUUAGGAGGAACAUGAUAUGCUUGAAGUGUGAUCAUAGGCGGCCAAUAGUGUCAAAUCCUUCUUCCAGCACGCCUACUCAGCUUGACCACAUCAACGCUGCCAAAGAUGAAGAGGACACGCGGUCAAGAACCGCCAACAAUGAUGGAUUGAGUGACCUCGAACCCGCGAUGCAAGACCACUAUAAUCGGAAGUUACGUGGAAACAGUUGGAGAUUUGUGGAAGAGGGAGCAGUUGGGGACUAUGGUUCCAAGUUCAUAAAUUUCCCGAUUGCAGGAGGUAAGAGCACAUUGUCGCGCGACCCAUCAGCAAGAGAAGAGUGGAAGCUGCAAAUGUUGGAAAGGGGCAAAGUUGGUACCAGAAGAAGCAAAGGCAACAACGAAUCACAUCAAAACGAUGAUACACCACAAGGCCCAGGAUGGCUGAACUCCCUUGACCCUACUGAUGAGGAUGAUUAUGACGACGAUAUUGCCACAUGGUUUGGGGAUGCAAAGAAAGAUAAAAUAUAAACACUUUGCAGUAAUUUACUACUCAUCCGGGUAAGGUUAGGUGUGUGCAGUGGCACGUCUUAGUACUGUAUUCUUCGUCGGUGAACUUCGGGUAUUGCUGGGGACAUCUCUUAACUGUGACAUGUGGUUGUUCAAGGUUAGGUUCUCAAUUGCGGAGGGGCUUUUUUUUUGGAGUUGUAUAGUCAUUUUGACAGUAAAAUGCGAGACCCAUUUACCGUUCAGUUGCUCUGAAUUGAUUGCAGCAUUGUAGCUAAAGGCACUUUUAGAAGUACUUCCUUUCUGUCCAUCCAAUCCUCAGUUUUACUCUCUGCUCCCUCUGAACAAGGAAGUAUGCGCA